AUGCCUCUCACAGACAACCGCGCCCUGCGCAUUCUCGACCAUGCCGCCGACAACCACUACGGCGUGCCCGCAAUGUGUUGCUACAACGUGGAGGGCAUUCUGGCAACAGUGCGGGCCGCGGAGGCCAAGCGCGCGCCGGCCAUGAUCCUCCUAUUCCCCUGGGCCGUGCACUAUGCCGACGGUAUCCUGGUGCACGCCGCUGCAGAGGCCGCCCGCAACGCGUCGGUCCCCGUCACGGUGCACAUGGACCACGCCCAAACUCCUGAGAUCAUCCGCCGCGCGGCAGACUUGGGUGGCUUCGACAGUAUCAUGGUAGACAUGUCGCACUACGAGAAGGCAGAGAACCUGGCGUUGACCCGCGAAUUGGUGGAGUACUGCCACGCGCGGGGUAUUGCGACGGAGGCGGAGCCUGGGCGCAUCGAAGGGGGCGAGGAUGGCGUGGCUGACACGGCGGAUCUGGAAGGUCUUCUAACGACGCCUGAAGAAAGUCAUGAGUUUGUGGACACUGGUAUCGACUGGUUGGCGCCGGCCUUUGGCAACGUGCACGGCGAGUACGGCCCUCGCGGCAUCCGGCUUGAGUAUGACCGACUGCAGUCCAUCAACGCUGCUGUGGGCAGGAAGGUGCGCCUUGUGCUGCACGGUGCCGAUCCAUUUACCAAGGAGAUUUUCCAACAGUGCAUUGAUUGCGGGGUCUCCAAAAUCAACAUCAACAAGGUCUUGAACAAUGAGUAUAUUAAGGUGCAGCAAGAGAAGGCUGGCAAGGUUCCCCUGACUACCCUGCUUGAGGAGGCUACGAAUGAAAUGCAGAAAGCGGUUGAGAGGUGCAUUGAUAUGUUGGGCGCGACUGGACGAUACCCAUAG